CCUAUUUUGACACUUGUCACAAUUAAUAAAUAGAAUCUAAAUCAAAUCGAAUUUAGACGUGAGAUCAUUAUUUAUAAAUAAAAUAAUUAUUAUAAAAAAUUUUUAAUAGAUUUUAUCAAAGUUGUAACUUCUAACUUAAUUUAGUGUUAUCCCAAAGUUUAUUAAAAUGCACAAAAAGCAAUCGACAUCCGAUUUUGAGAUAGCCCCUUUAAGACCUUUAGGCGACUUUAUUUUAGAAGCUGCUCGUUUUCAAGUUCCCAAUGUAAAAGAUGUCGAAAGAUGGGGUAACAGGGUAACAAACAACCUAUUAUAUUAUCAGACUAAUUACUUUUUGAUGUCGAUACUAAUUUUUAUCAUUGUGGGCGUAAUCCAUCCAAUAAAAAUGGCCUGCGGUUUUGUAGCUACUGCAGUUAUUUUCAUGAUUUUUAUAUAUGUCACAAAUGAACAAGCAAGUGCAGCUAGAUUUAAGAGGAAGCAUCCCAUAGUUUCACUUUUCAUCAUUUUUGCUGGUUGUUAUUUUAUAGCAUAUAUGCUCCAGUCUCUUAUGGUUUUCCUUCUUGGUAUACUGUUACCUGUAGCAGCAAUAUUCUUACAUGCUUCAUUGAGAUUGAGAAAUUUAAAGAAUAAAAUUGUCAACAAGGUUGAAAACUUGGGACUUAGAACAACUCCAAUGGGAUUUUUUCUUGAGGAAAUGGGCUUGGAUGGUGACUUAUUCUGAGAGACAGUAUAAAUUUUUGGAUAGCUUUCAAACGUGAUGAUUCUUUGUGAUUAUUUCUUUCUUUUAAACAUUAAAUGUACAGUCAAUUACAAAAGGAUACAGCUUGGUAGUUACCAAAAAUAUUUUUAAAUCUACUAGUGUAUAGUUCAGAGUAAUGCUCUUAAAUAUCCUAUGAUUAGUGAUUGUUUUAUAAAAAGUAUAGUUAGAAGCUCAAUAAGUAAGAUAGAGUUGAGUCUGUAUCCAUUUUAAAAUUGCUUCUUCAUUAUACAAUAAGUAAUUUUUAGUCAAUUUGAAUGGCAUAUUUUUUAUAUAAAUUCCAUAAAAAUUAACCAAGCAAGAAUAUCAGUAUAAAUACUGUAGAAUAGAAAAAAGCUCAUGUAGAAGUAGAAUAUAUUUGAAAUUAUCUUCAUCUAUUUUAUUCUAAUCAUUCUUUAUAUAUUGUUGUUUUUAGUUUAUUUCUUGUUUUAUAUAUACCUUUACUCAUUUUUUGUAUUUGUUUUCAUAAUUUUAUAUACUGCUCAUAUAAUAUGGCAAUAUUUAAUAUACAAUUUUAAAAAUUCCAGUCUUCUAAGUUACACAAUAAAUGAUAUAUUAUUUAUACACAUUUGUUAUUAUAUAGCAUUAAAAUUCAGUCUUGGCUAUCCAAUAGUAUUACAUGCAGAGGUUUACACAAUUUUGAAAUGUGCAAGACCAGAAGACAAAAAUCAGCAAUCAAAAUGGAUGAAUACAAAUUUUAAAGUUUUUAAAAUUCAACAUAAAAUGUCAAUUACAUUAUUUCUCUUUAAAAGUAAUCGGACCUCUCAUUUGACCUUUUCAUUUGAGGAUACUGACGUAAAACAAUAAAAGAGUGUAUUUUCCGAUAUUGUUUUUAAUUCUAAAAAAAUUCAAAAGUCCAUAACUUUUAAAUUGUUAAAUAAUAUACUUUAUUUAAAUAUUAUGGAUUAAAAGUAAAACAAAUUAUUUAGUUUCCAUACUUUGAACCGAUUUUUAAAAAUUAUGUAAAUUUUAUGUGAUCUCAAGGUAAAAGGUAAAUACAGGAGUAAUUAAAAUACAAACCCUCUUUAUUUGUGAUGUCUUGCUAAGUGCACAAUAGUGGCUAAGUGUUGCCAGAAUAUAUUUUUGUUAUGUA